AUGAUAGUAGAGGAGGAGGACCUCGGCACCGACUUCUACGCUGCCCGCUGUGACGAAGAGGUUCAGGAGAAUGACGUUGAUGAGUGCGAGGUGCCGAGCGCGGACGAGUUCACGGUCGCCAUCCUCGGAGACCUGCACGUCGAUCCACGAAAACUGGACGACUACGCCGAGGGCCGGUCGCACAUCGUCCCCGUGCUUGAGGACGCCGCAUCACGAGGCGUUGGCGCGGCGCUGGUAUCACUGGGCGACCUGGGCGAGUCCAAGCCGUGCUGGGAGGGCUCGCCCGAGCUGUAUGCCGGGACGACGGCGUGCCACGAUCAUGCGGCCGAGUACCUCUCCUCCUUUGGCGUGCCGUACGAGGUCGUGGGCGGAAACCACGACCUCGAGGGCAUCGACGAGUUUGCCACCGAUGCAGAGAACCUCGAGGCCUUCUGCCGCAUCCACGGCAAGCCUGCGCCGCAGUUUGUGCGCGAGAUUGCCGAUAAGACGGUCCUCGUCGGUCUCACGUCGACCAUCUUCCGCGGCGCAAAGUACACGUCGCACGAGGUGACGGUCGACGACGAGCAGCUCUCCUGGUUCGAGGACUUUGUCGCCUCCAAGCCGGCGGAGGAGGGCUGGAAGCUCUUCGUCUUUACGCGCCGCCUCGUCACGGCUGCGGGUGUGAGCAGGCACGCGCCGCCGAUGGGCUCCGGGCUGAGGGUGCUGCAGGAGAACCACGUCGUCAACGGCUGCUGCUGGCUGAACCACUCUGGCGGCGAGAAGGCGGACCCGCGCACGACGCGCAAGUUCAUCGAGCUCGUCCGGCGGCACCGCUGCAUCAAGGGGUGUGGCCCGUACCCCGAAUCCGCGUAA